AUGCAGUUCUCCGCCAUCACUCUGUUGCUCGUUGCCGCCGUGGGCGUAGCAGCUACUCCCAUUGACUCUCCAGUCAUGGCGCUUGAUGCGAGAGGCAACUUGGAGAAACGUCUCGAUUAUAAGGGGACAUGCACCAAGUCCAGCAACACAUGUAGAUACAAGGGCCCGAAUGGCAGGACCGCGUUCAAGAAGUGCGGCACCUUCGCCAACCAGAAGGAUGGAGCUCCUUGCGUGUGGCAGAGCGACAAAGGCGUUGGCGGUAAGAUCACCUGCAAAUAG